AUGGUCCUCCCCGCUCAUCUCGUCCAGACUCUAGCUCUCGUGGUCUUUGGUAUGGCCUUGCCCAUUGAAUCGUCGCCAUUGGAGAAACGAGGACCGACUUGCCAGGAAAUCGUUAUUCCUGUUACAAUAGAUACUCAAAAUGCCGUCGUUCAUCCAACCAUAGACCUUAGCUCCUUGUUUGGCCUUCUCUCAAGUGUCAUUACCCUAAUAUUCUCUGUACCUGUUCGUGGUACCUACAAUAUUGCUGGUCGAUAUUGCGAACCUGAAGUCAACAUCCCGUCUCGGAGAAACACUCUCCAACUCCUGGCACACCCAGCGACAUAUGAUCGUAACUACUGGUCCGGCGGCGACUACCCAGGACUGGGAUUCGAUGGAGAGCGAUACAGCUGGGUCUCGUAUGCUUCCAAGCAGGGCUAUCCGACAUUUGCUUUUGACCGCUUGGGUAAUGGCAACUCCACCAAGCCUGAUGGAGUUGCGGUCGUCCAGAUGCCAGCUCAAGCUGCAACUGUGCAUGAGAUUAUCAAGCUUGCUCGUGGUGGCCCAGCAAGCAUGUCACCUUUCCCGCAUACAUUCAACAAGAUUAUCCAUGUCGGCUGCAGUAUGGGAUCACUGAUGGCCAACGUUCUUAAUGUUGAGUAUCCGACAGAUGUAGAUGCGACGAUUCUUACAGGGUUCAGCAAGCAGUGGGUAACUGUCAUUCCAGGAUUUACACUUACUGCUGGUCUGUUACCUGCACAACUCGUCCAGCCCAGUAUUUCGCUGCCGCCUGGAUAUCUUCAAGCGACUUCAGAAUCGGGCAUUGAGUAUUUGCUUUUCUAUGGUCCUCCUGGGAUCAAUUAUGAUCCUGCUUUCAUACAACAAGACUACCAGAGAAGAGGUACUCUCACUGUCGGUGAGGCUGCUUCAAGUGCUCUGAUCCCGACAGCAAAUCGAUACACCGGCGCGGUAUUCGUAAUGACUGGACAACAAGAUGUCGUUUUCUGUGGUUCAUUUGGGUUCGAAGGAGGCGGACCUGGAAAUUGUGGCUCAGGUGCAUACAGCAUUCUUGCACAAACCCAGACUCUAUACCCUCGUGCCAGCAACUACUCCUGGUACGCCGUCCCCAAUUCCGGACAUUGCUGGCAGCAUCAAUACUCAGCACAAGGAGGGUUUGAGGUUGCUCACAAUUGGCUGGCUGGUCGUGGAUAUUAA